AUGGCUGGGCAACUUCCUACUCCAACAGCAGGCAACGCUAUGCAUAGAUUUAUUAAUCCACCAAGAACGCAACCUUCAUCACAGCCUGCGGGUGCUGUUCAUUCAACAUUGAUGGAUAUGUCAAGAUCACCGGCUCGUCUGGCUUUUCAAACUCCAUUACCAUUACAAUCAACUUUUAUUCCUCGUAUUACUGAAUCCAAAACGAACGCGGAAAAAUUUCUCUCUGAUAUCAUUGCACGCUAUUGUAAUCAAAAUGAAUACGUUAGCGUUGAGAAAGUCGUCGAAAACUUAUUUAAGAUUUACAAAGUUACAGAAUGGUCUCACUUAAAUAUUAACCAUGUGAACAAUCCUUAUAAAGAUCUAACACCAUUAUCAAAUCUUGUUUUAAAACAUGCUACAGUGAAUUUAUUCGUAGACGUCUUUAAACACAUACGAAUCAUUGGUACACUUCCUGAAUUAGAUCAAGAAAUUUCACAUCAUUUUAAAAUAGAUUCAUACGACAAAUUAAAUUUAGGACCAAUAUUAAAACAUCCUAAAAUUAUAACAUUAUUUAAUUUGCAUGAUGUGCCAAUAAUAAGACCAACAACAAGCAUUAAAAUAAUUGAAUUAUUUUAUGAUUAUACACGUACUGUAAAAUACAAUGAAACAGUCGAUUUCGACGCAUUCAAAGAUCAUGCUGCAGAAAGCUUUGGUGUAGAAACUUGGACACAUCUCGGUGUCUAUGCCAAGUCGUUUCCUUAUAUACUUCAAACAUGUCGAGCUAUGAAAAAAAAUCUCAGAACACAAAAUUCAACAUGGUCGGAAAAAAUUGAAGAAAUUGAAAUUGAGCUAUGUAAAAAAAAAUUAGAAAACAUUAAAAAUGACUUUGAAAAUGCUCUUUGUGAUGAUAAUCGUCAAAUUUAUAUUAGUAAGACACCUGUUGAUGUAUUUCAUCAUUUACUUGAAACUGUUGAAGAGAAAAUGGUUUUUGGGAAUAUUAAUGAUCAAGAUUAUCUAUUAAAGCUACUAAAUGAAUUAAAGAAUAGUGAGUUGUAUAAAUAUUUAAUGAAUUUGGCAAUCUAUUUGGGAACAAUCGAAGAACCAAAGAAGUUUACUGUAAAUAUGGAUAGCGAUCAAUCUAAUGAACAAACAUCGUUAUUAUCAUCAUCACCAGUGACUACAGGUAGCAAUAAUAAAAUACUACAACAACAACAACCAAAAGUACCGUUAAAUAAAUUAUGUACAACUUUAUAUAAAUUAAUUAAUGAAUCCGAUGGUUUAUUUCAAAUGUUAACAUUGAUUGAAAUUCAACGAGAAAUAUGUCAACAUUAUAAAAUUGAUGAAAAAAAUGAUUUUACAUUAUUAGGUUAUGGUGAUUUUAUCAAAUUUUUAUAUGAUCAUAAAAAGACAAUUGGUGAUACUUUAGAAUUUUAUUUAUUUAAUUCUGAUUCAUGUGGUGGUAUUAAACGAACAGAAUUAUUUACAUUUGUUCAACAUUUAUUUAAUAAUAGUAUUAAUGAUAAAAAAAUCAUUGAGAAAACAAUUAAAUAUCAUUUUAAUUUACAAAAUUUAAAACAAAUUGGAUUUCAUAAUAUUGAACAAUUAUGUGAUCGAGUUCAGCAACAAAAACAAAUUCAAAAGACUAUCACAACAAUCCAGUAUGAAGAAAUUUUAUUAGGUAAUGAAUAUUUAAAUAAAUUAGAUACAAAUAUCCAUCGUCCAUUUAUUCGUGAUGAUGAUCGUUUAUGUGAAUAUUUAACGAAUUGUCCACUUCUAGUUGAUAUUAAAUCAUGGUCUCAUUGGAAUCGUUUAUAUAUGCAAGACAAAGGACAUAUUAAGGAAUUUCUUCAUCGGAAUAAAUCAAAACUACCAAAUUUGUUAUGCUUAGAAGUAUCUCACAAUAAUAUACAAUUCAUUCGAUUAUCAGAUACUUCAAAUACUGAAAACUUUGAAAAGGAUUUAAUGCAAAUGCACUUGAAAGAAGCUGCUGCACAUCUCCUAUCAUUAGCAAUACAAGAACGAGACUGUACACGAUUACCAAUAGCACGUUUACAAACAAUUAUGAAACAAUGGUUUGAUGAAUUAAAACAAUCGGAUAUAAAUCACCGUUCUUCGCAUUAUGCCAUCGAGCAAAUUUUGAAUUUUUUAAGUUUUCUACCUUUUCCAUUUUCAAGUUCACUUGUGCAAAAAUUAAUUUUAGAACCAGCUGAACAUUUAUUUCGUAAUUUUAAAUCGAUUAUUUGGAAAUUGGCAAACAAUAAUUUAAUACGAAAAUUACAUUUAGAAGAGUUAGGCUUAACACUUGGUAUUGAUGAAUGGACACAAGAUUUGUAUAACGAAGCAACAUAUUUAUCAGAGAAUGUGUUGAAUACAACAUCAAAUGAAACAAUUACUAACAUGGAAAGUUAUCAAGAACAAAAUGUGACAAAAGAAAAUCGACCAAUUGAAAGAUCAAACAAUAUCGUUUAUGCUCCAAAAAAAGGAAAUUCUACUGCUUUUUCUCGUCCUGUAAGAAAUGAUGACAUUAAUAAUAGUAAUAAUAAUGACAUUGAACCAUUCGAACAUAUUAAAGAAAUUCGUAAAACUCUUGGUAAAAAUACAGAUUUAAACAAUGAAGAUCAAGAAGUGGUCGAUAAUUUACAAGAUUUACUUGGAGAAUGUUUGAAAAAAUUAGCCGAUGAUCUGUAUUCUGAUCAAGGUCAUUUUGUAUUAGAGUUAAUACAAAAUGCCGAUGAUAAUGAUUAUUCAAAAUUAAGUAAUAACUCUAUACCAAAAUUAAUAUUUAUUAUUAAUGAGAAACAGAUAACAAUUUAUAAUAAUGAAAAUGGUUUUCAAAAACAACACAUUAAAGCUAUUUGUGCUGUAGGAAAAUCAACGAAAGAUCAGUAUGAGCCUGUUAUAGAGAGUUACGACAAUGAUAUAUGGACUACUUGCAUACGAUUAAAUUUAAAAACAGAUGAACACAUUCAAGAACAAAUAAAGCAAAAAUUUGAUAAUAUAAGUCCAAAAUUAUUAUUAUUUUUACAUAGACUGAAAUCGCUUGAAGUUAAUUAUGAAGAUCAUAUAAAAACAUUUACACGCUAUGAUCAUCCAAAGAAUAUUAUUGAAUUGACUGAGUUUGAUGGCAUAUGUGAACAACGGAAUUAUUGGUUAGUCAUUAAGAAAAGUUUAUCUAUACCUGAAACACUUCAACAAAAAUUACGUGAAAUCAAAAGUAAUGUUGUAUCAACAUCAGUAGCUAUAGGUUUUCCACUUCAAUACAUGGAACAAUGUUUGCGUACAAAUACACCAGUACCUAUUCAACAUUUAUUUGCUUAUUUACCAGUACGACAAUUUGGCUUUCGUUUUAUUUUACAAGCAGAUUUUGAAAUACCAGCUAGUAGACAAGAUAUACUAAAAGGAAAUGAAUGGAACGAAUGGCUUAGAGAUGAAAUGGCUCAAUUGUUACCUAAUGCAUAUGAUUAUUUUACUGAUUUACCAAGUAUUUUAAAAAGUAUUUCAUCUUCAUCAUCUUAUUUUCAAACGAUUGAUUCAAUUCAAGCAUUUAAAUAUUUUCUAAAAUUUAUUCCCGUCACAAACGAAGUCGAUCCAUAUUUUCAUGGAUUCAUUGAACAUUGUCUAACAGAAUUGCGUACAAAAAUGAAAUUUCCAACACGAAAAGAUAAUUCUCAGCAUGAAGUUGAAUGGCAAUUGCCGUCGAAAUGUGUUAUUGUUCGUGAUCCGUUUAUUCUUAAAAUAUUAUCAUCAAAUUUAUUAUCGAAAUAUUGUGGAAAAUACUUUUUACAUGAAUAUUUACAUGAUGUUGAUGAAAAAAUCUUAUCGUUAUUAGGUAUUGAAAAAUUAAAUAUUCAUGAAAUAAUAAAAAUAAUUAAAGAACAAUUUCUCAAUCAACAACAAUCAUCUACUAGUUCAAUUGAACAAAUUGCUCAAUGGUUAAUAUGUUUAAAUUAUAGUUUAGAACAAAUGAAAUAUUUGAGUUAUAGUGAUGAUGAUACAAUUCAAUUGAAAGAAUUAAAAAUGAUUCCAAUAGAAAAUCAAACUGAACUCGUAUCAACUAAUGAAAUGACAAUAUUUUUCCCUGAUACAACACAAAUGAAUUCUACUGAAAUUGAUCGAAAAUUAAUUAAAUUGUUAAAUGAUUUACCUACAGUAAAAAUAGAAUUAUUUCAUUAUAUCGAACAAAAUUAUAUUGAUCGUUUACAAGAAAUAAAAGAAUUAUUGAAAAAAUUUGGUAUCAUAGAAAAAUGUUAUGAUGAAAUUUAUCGUUUAUUAAUUAAACCCGUAUUUGAAAAUGAAAUCAUGUGGAAAGCAAAAGAUAGUGAAACAUUGAUGAUGUAUUUAUUGUAUGUAUACGAACAUAUUCAUCAGAGAGGAUAUCCAAAUGAGAAAGAUUUUGAUAUAGAUAAUUUUAAAAAUAUCGUACAAAUUAAAUGUCAAAACAAUGAAUUUUAUAAUCCAAUGAAAACAACAAUUCAUUUAUCAACAACAGAUGCUUUUAACGAUAGAAUCAGUAAAUUAUUAAAAAAUAGCAAUUGUAUAUUCAUAUCGGAUGAUUAUUCGAAUUAUAUAAAACAUCAAGAAAAAAAUCAAUGGCAUAUGUUUCUUGAAAAAUUGGGUAUUAGUGAAUUUUUGAAAAUUGAAACAGUUUUGCAUAGUAAGUCGAAUGAUGAUAAAAUAUUUUCUUAA